AUGACUGUUGGAAAAACUCUGAAGCAGAUCCUGAAGAGGUGUUCCAGUUUAGGAAAGAAGCAAAGUUACCAGGAUGAAGAAGGUCUUCCAUUGGAUGUCCCAAAGGGUCAUUUUGUAGUGUACGUGGGUGAACAGAGAAGCAGAUACAUUGUACCAAUCUCUUUGUUGACUCGACCAGAGUUUCAGAAUUUGCUCCAACAGGCUGAAGAAGAAUUUGGCUUUCAUCAUCAUAUGGGUCUUACCAUUCCUUGUGAAGAAGUUGUUUUCCAGUCGCUAACGUCCAUGCUCGCAUGAUCAUCAUCGUCAUCAUCACUAUCACCAUUAUCGUCUUCAUCACCUUCAUCCUUCUUUUUUUUUUUUUUUUGAGAAAUUAAAUUCUCAAGAUGAAGCUGCUUCCUUGCUUCUCUCAUUUAACUUUCUCUUUUUCUUCUUUUGUUUGCUGGGUUGUUCUUUUUUUUUUUUUUUUUGUUCAAAUGACU